AUGCACGUAUACGAUCGUCGCACAUAUUACCGCUCGCCGAAGACCUGCGCGCGAACCAGCCUGCGCUUCACGACCUCCCUCAACCCUGUAUCAAGGAUCUGCCAGGUGGCGACUCGCCCUACUCUCCCUUCCCUUCCCUUCCCUUCCCUUCACCGGUACAAUCCGUUCGCCAACUUGUCGCCCAUACUUUGUCAGUUCGGAAUUUCUCAAACCAUAGAGACGAACGAAGGCACGGCUACUUAUACAUUGAUCAAAAUGUUAAUAUUGAAGCCAAAACGCACAUAG